CCCUUUUUUCUUUUUUUUUCCUUCUCUGGCGGCCAUUUCUCUCCGCGUUGAGCGAGCGGUUCGGGGCGGCGGCGGCAGCGGCGGCGGUUCCGGGUCACGAGGGGUCGGUAGCAGCGGCGGAGUCGGCGGCGAGUGGGGUGGCAGCGCUCGCGGGUGUUCGCGAUGAGUUUACCCCUCAAUCCCAAACCUUUUCUCAAUGGACUGACUGGAAAGCCAGUGAUGGUGAAACUCAAGUGGGGGAUGGAGUACAAGGGCUACCUGGUCUCUGUGGACGGCUACAUGAACAUGCAGCUUGCAAAUACAGAAGAAUAUAUAGAUGGUGCGUUGUCUGGACAUCUGGGUGAAGUUCUAAUAAGGUGUAAUAAUGUCCUUUACAUCAGAGGUGUUGAAGAAGAAGAGGAAGAUGGGGAAAUGAGAGAAUAGCAUCUUCAGGUUUUUUUUUUUAUAUAUAUAUGUAUUUCUAUACAAUAAAAAUUUGUUUUUUUUUCAA